UAAAGGGUGCCCUAAAGGGAUGGGGUAAAGGGUGCCCUAAAGGGAGAGGGUAAAGGGUGCCCUAAAGGGAGAGGGUAAAGGGUGCCCUAAAGGGAGAGGGUAAAGGGUGCCCUAAAGGGAUGGGGUAAAGGGUGCCCUAAAGGGAUGGGGUAAAGGGUGCCCUAAAGGGAUGGGGUAAAGGCUGCCCUAAAGGGACAGGUUAAAGGGUGCCCUAAAGGGAUAGAGUAAAGGCUGCCCUAAAGGGACAGGUUAAAGGGUGCCCUAAAGGGAUAGAGUAAAGGCUGCACUAAAGGGACAGGUUAAAGGCUGCCCUAAAGGGAUAGAGUAAAGGGUGCCCUAAAGGGAGAGGGUAAAGGGUGCCCUAAAGGGACGGGGUAAAGGCAAUGGAGAGCAAAGUAGCCCUAGAUUUACUUGUAAGUUUUUUACAAAAACGUUCAGUAAAAGACAGAGAUCUAAGAAAGGAUCUCCCGGCACUUUUAGUGUAUGGUCGCGCACAGCGGUUGUUUAACGACCCUUCUAAACUGUUUGAUGAGGCAGAAUGGAGAGAAUUAGGGGGUAUUCUGUGUGGUAAAGUCAUAGAUAAGGAUGAAACAGCUCGGAAGUUAACGAAACUGUGGUUUGCAGUUCUGAAUUGCUUACAGCGUUACCAGGCAGAAGGGGAAAUGGCUGCUGUGGUCGCUGAUUACUUCGCAGGGCAGGGGACACCAGGGCUGCAUCAGUUCGGGGUCGAUGACGAUCCAAGCUCCCCGACGGGGGAAGAGAGAGUUGUGGAGAUUUCUCAGAACUCCAACAGAGCUCCCAUGGAGCCAUCUGCAGUCCCAUUAGAUGGUGCCUUAGGUGAUGUUCUGUCAAACAAGGAGGAAGGGCAGUUAGAUGAGGAAGCAGCUGCUCAUCAUCAUCAAGAGCUUGCUGUGAACAAACCCCAGCUCGGUGGUGCUCCACGGUUUGGCUCCAUCUCAAGGGUUAAUUGGUUACAAAUUCAGAAGGAGGCAAUUCUUCAUAAAGAUCAUGAUUUCUGUUCAGAUGUACAAGCCCUCCCGCAAGCCUUCCCUGUGACAUGUACACUGGAUGGUCAGGGAAAUAUAAAAGUAACCUAUAGCCCUUUAGAUUGGGAGUUCUUGACAGAGUUGAGAGCCACAGUUAAGGAGUGUGGACUGCACGGUGAACCAGCUAAAGUAAUGAUAGAUUGUAUCUGGGGAGCAGGACCAUUGCUCCCCGAGGAUGUGAAGGGAAUAAUGGGAAUGAUCACUACUCCGUCUGAAUUAAUGUUGUGGCAAGCACACUGGCAGCAGUUAUGUGAAAGCUUUGCUGCCAUCCCCAGACAACAGAAGGAUCCCAUGUUUGGGGUGUCAGCUUGUCAGCUUAUGGGUACUGGGCCUUAUGCUGGCAUUGAAGCCCAGGCACGUCUAGGGCUGGACAAGGUUAGGGAGUCCAUGAGGCUUGCACAAGAAGCCUUAAGUAGAGUUAGGACCAUGCCACCCGUUCCCUCUUUUAUGUCAAUGAAGCAAGGGAGAGAAGAACCUUUUGGGCAGUUUGUAGCUAAGCUCAGUGAUGCCAUCAGUCGGGCUGGUGUGCCAGAGUGGACAAGAGGCCCUCUGCUCUGUCACUGUGUGCUGGAGAACAGUAAUGGACCCACAAAAAGCGUUCUCUCCACCAUGCGGGGAGAUGUUACCAUUGAGGAAAUGCUUGAGCAGGUGGUGAAAGUGCCAGUAGGAGCUCAAGCAGUGUUAAUUGAGGCAGUGCAGAGUGUAGGGAGAGCUCUAGUGCAAGCCCAAGCUGAAGCCUUUGCAGCCCUGGCCCCGCUACGUCCCGCCGGCCCAUCAGAGCAAUGGCCAGACCCCAGCAAGAAGUGUUCCAGGUGUGGUGGGACCAGGCAUCUCCGAAGGCAGUGCCACGAGUCUGGAGUUUGGUGUCAGCACUGCAACAUGGGCUCCCAUGCCACAGGAACCUGCAGGCACUCGGGAAACGGGUCGAGGAGCACAAGAAGCCACGGCGUGAAGACCCAAACUGCGGCUCUGCUGUGAUUCCCUCCAGACAUCUACAGUCAGCCACCUCCCUCCCACCAGCUACCAGCAGGAGCCUCGGGUUAGACUUGGCAGCCACAGUAGGUGUCACCUUCAUUGGCAAUAAGCCUCAGGAGAUCCCCACUGGCAUCAUCAGUCCGGUGAAAUACGGGGGAAAACCACGUGGAGCCCUCUUGUUAGGGCGAUCAUCUGCCGGACCUCAGGGUCUGUUUGUCUUACCAGGACUAACAGUGACUGUAUGGAGAAAUCUGUACUGUAGCCAUGACAUGGACCCUGCCUGUGGUAAUUCCAAAGGGAAGUGGAAUUGCCCAACUAGUUCUGACACAGUUGACUGAUGGAGCCACCGCCUCUUCACCAUCUGCCCGCGGAACCGCAGGUUUUGGCUCCACAGGAGAAGGGGCUCCACCAUGCCUUCCCAUGGCCUAGGGCACCUGGUUUACUGGAACACCAACAGGAACAAUGUCACCUUGCAGCUUUGCUGGAUACAGGAGCAGACAUCACCACUGUGGAGGAACAGUGUUGGCCCCAUCAUUAGCCUGCCACCCCAAUGAUCUCCGGAGGGGCAGGGGCAGGGGCAGGGGGCACAGCUCAGCUCAAGCAGAGCACACAAAAUGUCCCCUUGGCAGUCGGUGGUCGUGUGUGGACCUUGUUCAUCACCAUCGUGCCACUGCCCAGAAAUGGAGAAGCCCUCGUUGGCAGGGAUAUAUUGGGGCAGAUUGGGGCCCAGUUGGUAACAAAGGACUGUUUUUAUUAGUGGUCACUUCUUGGGCUUUCCCCAUCCCUCUGACACGGCUGACACCGGAUCCAGUGUGCAUCGAGCAGUGGCCGCUCAAACGAGAAAGCCUCGUACAGGCACGUACAUUAGUGCAAGGACAACUGGAACAGGGACACAUACAGCCAUCAACCAGUCCCUGGAAUACUCCCAUUUUUGUGAUUAAAAAGCAGUCUGGGAAAUAUCACCUGCUGCAUGACUUAGGUGUGGUUAACUCUCAGAUGGAAGCUAUGGGGGCCCUACAGCCCAGCAUGCCGAACCCCAUGAUGCUUCCAGAGCAUUGGCAUUUCCUUAUAGUGGACUUCAAAGACUGCUUUUUCACUACAUAAAGACAGAUAAUGGACCAGCCUAUGUUAAUAAAAAGCUAGCCCAGUUCUUUCAACGAUGGGGCAUUAAGGGUACCACAGGAAUCCCUCAUGUGCCAACUGGGCAAGCAGUAGUUGAAAGGGCAAAUCAAACACUGAAAAAUUAUUUGUUGACAUUUAAGGACUUGCAAGACCCACAAGAGUGAUUAGGAAAGACUCUGCUUGUGCUCAAUGACUUGUGCAUGUUUGGGGAACAAAAGUCAGUGCCAGCAUAUGCUCACGGGACGGUGGCCCAACAAGCCAGGUCCCUUGAAACCCCACUGGCUGUGAGCUCCAGGGACCCUGCCACAGGGGUCUGGCGAGGACCAGCAGAAGUUAAAUAACUUAGGCAGAGGUCCAUGUGUGUUUCCACCCCUACAGACACCCUGUGGGUCCCCAGCAAGUGGACCUGCUCGGCACCAGGUAACUCCAGCAACCCUGCUGGACCCAGAAGUGCAAAGUCGGGAGCAGAAACGACUGUCUCAAACCAUUGAGUCAUUUGUUGAGAUAUGAGAACAUGUUCGAGAGCAAGAAAAGCUGUAUUGCUCUUGUUAGAGGCCUGAUUUGAACCUUUUCAGGCCUUAGUUGCUUUGUUUUGCUGACUUUUGACCCUCGACAGAAUAUUUGGGUCACCCUUGCACGUUGGUUAAGUACCACUUCCUUUUGUGCUAGCUUGGUGACCCCCCAGUCACCCCUUAUUCCAUGUUUGGGGGGUGUUCUGGCUUUGCAUGUUCUAGUUGUGCCAUGACAAUUAAAAAGCUGUUUGCCAACGCUCCUACUGU